GUAUAUAUAUAUAUAUAUAAGAGAGGAUCUAAGAAAGUCCACAUUACGUUGAAGGAAAAGGAGGGUUUUCAUCGGAUUUGGGGUUUAGGUCGCAGCAGUCUUCUUCAACUCUCUUCCACUCACCAUGGCCGACGAUGACUAUGAGGAUAUCGACAUGGGGUACGAGGAGGAGCCACCAGAGCCUGAGAUUGAGGUUCAUUUUUUUUUUUUUUGGAAUUUUUAUUUUUUGGAAUUUAAUGGAUUUAUUGAUGGGUUUAAUCAAAUUAUUGGUGUGCAGGAAGGUGCAGAGGAGGAAGAUCCCGAUAAACAAAAUGAUGACUUGGAUGCUGAACCGAUUGAAACUGAAGAUAAGGAAGCUGAUCAACCAGUUGAGCGUCCCAGAAGGACUUCUAAAUAUAUGACUAAGUAUGAGCGUGCUAGGAUUCUCGGCACCCGUGCUCUUCAAAUCAGUAUGAAUGCACCUGUCAUGGUUGAGUUGGAGGGGGAAACUGACCCACUUGAGAUUGCCAUGAAGGAGCUACGAGAGCGGAAAAUUCCUUUUACCAUCCGUCGCUACUUGCCUGAUGGAAGUUAUGAAGAUUGGGGAGUUGAUGAACUGAUUGUGGAAGACUCUUGGAAGAGACAAGUGGGUGGUGAUUGAUGGUUUGAACUGACAAAGGUGUGGGAAUGAGUAAAAGACACUAAGAAAUGUUUUUAUCUUGGAUUUGUAUGAAGUGGGCACUGAUCUAUGAUCCUACCAUAAAAUUAACUUAAUAGUACCCUAUUAGUUUUGGUUGUGUAUCUGUGCAUGUCUUGUUCCUUUUACUUUAACCUAGUAUCAUUUUAGUUUCUGCUUGUAAGAUGAUGAAUCUCUAGGCUUUUAAUAGUAUUUGCCGGUCUUUGUUAAAUCAGAUGUCACGAUGCAUUGGGAAAUAUGAACAUUGAAGUGAUACUUAUCGGAUUUUGAACUUGUUAAUGA